ACCAUCCCAAAAGUAACGCGCUCAGACUGCUAUAAACCGUUAUGUCUACUAUUUUGGCUCGGAUAAUCUCGGAUUACAAUACCAGAUAUCGGACUAUAGGACUGCUUAGGAAUCGGAUAACUCACGUCGAGUCAGUCAGAACCGUACGUUCGAGUCAAACCCACCUCGGUUUCGUACAACUCAAUGGAAAGAACACACGUCAAACACUGCUGCGAUCAUUCAGAUGACUUGGAAGCCGAUGGCUGUAUGCAAGUAAACUAAAAUAGCAGUAUACUACCACCUAACUGCGUCGCACGAUAUGAUCCUCCGUUAAUAUGCCCAGAGCACGCCGUACAACCGCGC